UAGUAUUAAAAUGAUAAAUAAUAAAGCAAUUAGUGAUGAAAAGUAAUAAGUAAUAAAAGUAAUAAUAAUUAUUACUUAUUACCGAGUAAUAGUAAUAAAAAGUAAUAGUAAUGUAGCAGCCCUAGUUGCGCAUAUUUUUCUUCCAACGUUGAAUCAAGAUAUUAUUUAGCAGCGCGAAUUUGAGAAAUCGGAAUUUCUCUUGGGGUGGGUGAUCCUUCACGCGGUGCUUAUCACUGCCCGACAGUCUGAUUGUAGGCAGCACAUAUUUUUCAAUCAAUUCAGCAUGAACAUCGUGACAUGAAUUAUACUGGAAGACUCUUCAAAUUUUCAAGGCAGUCGUUAACUUUUUCGCCGUUUUAUAGAUGGCUGCUCAAAUAAAAGAAUAUGGUGAACAUAUAAAGCAGAACAUUUAUUUAGCCAGUGAAAUCGAUGUCGACAUAUCGCAAAUACUAACCGACAAACAACAACAAAUAUUCUUACAAUACAAACAAUUUUCUGGUUUAGAACAAAAACAUUUGCUUUUUGCAUCGUUAGCAUUGCUUGGUCAUUUUGCAAGAGGAAGCUUUUAUCGUCAUUAUUUAUCUAAUCAGAUUCAUCCAUUAAAUUUGUAUUUGGUGAUUGUUGGACCAUCUGGUGCUGGCAAGUCGAACAUUGUUAACAAAAUUAAAGAUGCCGCUACAAAAAUCGAAAAGUUAUUUCCCGAAGAAUAUUGUAAACCUGUCCAAUUAGGUGCUGACAUUACUGAAGAAAUGUCCGUUGUUACAACCUUAACUGGUCACGGCCUUCGUAAACAUCUGACUAGUCAAAGUUUAUUUCUCAUCAAUGACGAAGCGGACGUUAUUUUUGACGGUUUUGGCGUUUACGAUAUUGGAAAUUCAUCAAAAGUGGCCGAAAACGUUCUUCUGUUAAAAGCAUACGACGGUAUUAAAAAUGAAUCACGUUCCACCGGUAGUACCAAGGUGAAAAUAGUCUCAGCCAAAUUGUCAAUGUUAGUCGGCGUCGUUGGAACAAAAUAUCAAGGUACACUAUCAAAUUGGUCACGAAACAAAUCAAAUGAAGGCAUUCAUAAUAGAAUGAACUAUUUGGUGUUAAAACGACCACUUGCAAGACGUCCGGGCAGUGACCAUCAAGAUCAUAUUGCAAAUUGUUCAGCAAAAAUUCCAGCACAUAUACAAGAUUUAUAUGCAAAAACUCCAACAAUUUUUCCUCGUUACUGUUGUUUAUUUCAAUUAUUAAAAAAUGUGUGUGCCGUUAUUGAUGAAUGUGAAAAUGAACUAGAAUUUGAAGAAGGGGAAGAAGAUGAAUUAGAGAUAAAUCAAAAUUUUAUUCGACAUGCCAAAUUGAAAAUUGCUGAAUUAUUUCUAUCAACAGCGAAACGUAGUCCAAAAAAUCCAACAAUACCAAUUCUAAUAAUCGAAAAAUCAACAUGUGUAGCUGCAUGGACAUGGUAUUCAUAUCUAUUUCAAACAGCAUUACAAUUAUUUUCAAUUGGAACAAUUGGUGCACCAGAUGCAUAUGCAGUUACAUCUCGACGAAAAACACAUGAACAAACUCUAUGUGAUUUUCAGUAUAAUAUUUUUAUGGUUGGUGCAUUAACAUCUGUCUAUCCCGAUACGUCACGUAAAAUGUCACCAUUUCAUAAUCUAAAACAUAUUGUUGACCCACUGAUUGUUCGAUUGGAAAAAGAUGGUAUCCUUAUUCGUGGUGAAUUUUUGCAAGACACACGCCAACGAAAGAAAAUGUCACUAAUGAAAGUACCAAUACCAACUGGACCAGGAGAACGUGCUAUAUUUGAAAAAAAACUAGGUAUUUAUAAUAUUGAAAUUAACCAUUAUCAAUUAUUACUUGAUAACUGUUCGAAACCAACAUUACAUGAUCUAACAUCUGAUACAAUUGAAUUAUUUAAUGUCAGUGGUCAACUUGUGCCACAUUAUCACAAAUACGAUCAAUUGACACAAAUAAUAGAAGUUCAUUUAGAAAAUAAUAAUAUUGAAGCUGUGAUAGUUAAUGGUACUACACGAUACCAGACAGCUCCAACGUCAACGUUUUUUGUUAAUUCGACAACAUCGCUUGCUGAAACAUCAUGGAAAAAACAAUCACUAGCAACAACAAAUACAAAAGCUUUACAAAAUAAGACACAUCAAGGAGUACUACCAGCAAUUCAGGUAGCAAUUCAGAAUCAAAAUCAACCGUCAGAAUCAGAAUUGGAAGAAGAAGGCUACAAUGACCAGACAGAUUGCAUGGAAGAUGGAGAUAGUAAAGAGGAAAAUGAAAGUGAUGAACAUUCUCGAACAGAAGUAUUGGCUUAUCAAGCGCAGGAUUCUGAUGGCGGACCUGAUUUAAGUGCAACUAAAGAAAAUCGAGCAGAAUCGAAUGAAGCAAAUCAUAAAGAUGAAGGAAAUUCAAAUGAAGCAACUAAAGUAAAGCAACUAAAACUUGAUCCAAAUAUUCGAAAAGUGGCCGGCAAAUAUAUGGUAUUUAAAGCGGUUUUGUUUUCACAAACGGAUAUUAACAAAAUUAGCAGAAAUGAAGAGCAUCGAAAUAAGGCAAAAGAAUUAUUGAUCGAACAGGGCUUGCUAGCCGAAGGUCAAUAUUUUGUUACACAUGCUAAAGCACUAGAUUUUAGUGGUCGUCAAAAAAAAACCUUCCAUAAUGGGCGUUUGAAACAAUUCCCAUCUACAACAUCAUCAAAAGACAAACUUGAUUUUCUCCGAAAAUUAAACGUAUAUGCCGGUAUCGAUUGGGAUACUUAUAUUGCUUCUUUUACAAAUGUUGGAACUCAUAUCAGUACAAAAAAUAAGUGGCGUUUAACACGAGAAGUAGCAACGUUAUUGAGAACAAAUGUUUUUUAUUCAAAAUAUGUAACAUUUAAUCCGAAGGUAUGGUGCUAUGAUGAACAGAUAACAGACGAAUUCGCUAAUUUGAGAUCAAAAGUAGCAAAAACAGGUCGAAAGAAAAUCUCCACAAAUGAAAAUGAAGAUGUAAUUGAACAAGAAACACCACAUGAAAAUAUCCAAAAAGAAGUUGAUUUACCACGACCAAGACAAAAUAUACCACUAAAUAAGCGACGAAAAACAUAA